UCUUCUCUCCGGAGGCUGAGCGAGCACCAUCUUCCCUUCUCCUUGGUCUACUCUCUCUCUCUCUCUCACAACCUGAAACUUGAUACUUGAAACAUGCCUUCAUUUCCGUGACUCUCGCCUAUUAACCAGAGCACCCCCGGCGCAGGAAAUGGAGGCGUCCUCACUUGUCACCAGGGCGAGGACGGCCUUCCAUUCCGCCGCAGCUAAAGCGGAGCGAGUCCUCACUGACUUCAAAUCGGAUCAUCGAGAAGAUUCCGAUAAGCAUUCACCGUGUGAUGUGAGAAAACAACCAGAACCUGAAUCAAGUAAGGAUGAGGCGGAUUCAAAGGGUUGCCAUGAAUUGAAGCAUUUGAGGUGGAUACCUGCACAUACAAGGACAAAGCAGAAUUGGCAGGAUAGACUGAAGAACAUCGGAAGAGGGAGAAAAGGGGUUGAAGACAUUGAAAAAUCUGAAAAUUCAACCAUGUCAUUUCCAUUUUUUGAUGAGAAUGUGUACCAGAUGAGCAUGCAAAAUGCUUUUGAGCUGAAGGGUGCAGAAACUGUUUCUUCAGCCGAAAGUUCAAAUAUUGGCAACACAUGUGUCAUUCCUUUGGCAUCCAUCGUGAGGCAGCUGGCUAUAGCUGUUGAUGCUGGAAAGAAGUUAAAGUCAAUGAAAGAUCUGUUGGUGUCAUCUGGAGAUACUUCGCCUGUCAGGGAGAGGGCAAGCUUGAGCCUAUCUGCAGUGAAAUCAUUAGUGCUUCGUGAAAAGGAGGAAAAAUUGACAUCUGAGUUUGCCAAUGAUGAGAAAGUUCAGUCCUUGAUCUGUUCCCUACUUGAUGAAGAGGGACAAUUUUCCAGAAGGAGGGCCGGCUCUGUUUUAGAGACACUCACCACCAUGACAUCUUUGCCUAGAGAAAUUCAUGGUGCUCCUCCUGAAAGUUUUGUUGUUAAGCUUGCUGAAGUCAUCGGAAGCUUCAAGACUUUGCGGAAAAUGGCAUUAUUUUGGUGCAGGAUAGUUGCUGAACUGAGAAGACUUUGGUCUGAUGGGCAACAUGUACCUGGCAUCCCUCUGGAUGAGAUUCCAGAUUUAAAUUCAUGUCUUUUGUAUCAGCAGUUACAAGUUAUCAAUUGUUGUGUUUCCAGAAAAAGGCGCCGCACUAUUGCAACUGAAUCAUUAGAUUCUGUUAUAAGAGAAGCCAGUUCAAAUAAUGGAGAAUCAGCUGUUUCUGAAGCCAUGAUGCCUGGAAGUCCUGUUCUAUAUGCAAGAGUUUGCACUGGGGAACUUGUUCUGCGAUUGGGGGUUGAUCAUCCAUCUGACAAUUUAAAAAUGUUGGAAACUGAUGAACUUGUCUACUCACCUAUUACCCAGGAAGUACCUCUGCUUACCGAAGAUCUUCUUAAAGAAACAGAGGAGUUUGUGUUGCGAACAGGGAGUAUGGGUGCUGGUUGUUCUCAACUCUUGUCAGACAUGCAGGCUUUUAAGGCCGCAAAUCCUGGUUGUAUUUUAGAAGAUUUCAUAAGAUGGCACUCACCCCCGGAUUGGACAGAAACUGAGCUGAGUAAUGAGGCUGAGGACAACUUUGAUGAUGUAGAUUUAUUAUCUACAAGAGGUCAAUUAAGUCGUCGGAUGCAGAAAGAAGUAAGACUGAUCUUCUCAAAAUUAGGAGUAUCUGUCCUCAUCAAUAAAUUAAAGAUCUCGUACUCCGCAAAAUUGAAAGGUAAUUUGUGGCGGGAACUGUGGGAAACGGCAAAACCAGUCCCUGCUGUUAAACAGACACCCCUCUUUGAUGAGGAUUUGGCAGUAGAAGGUAUUCUAAAUGAUUUAGAGGACAUCUCGCCUUCUGAGCUUUUUGAACAACUGUUUGUUUCUUUACUUGGUUUAGGAUUUGUAAUUGCUGAGGCUAUACUCUCCAAGGACGACUCUUUGUCAAAGCUGUUCUGUGAGUGUAAAGACUACAUUAUAGUAACUUGUCAAGGGAGCACUUGGACUGAGAAAGUUGAUGAUCUGUGCCAGGUAUAUGAGACGAUGGAGAUGAUGGUCCUCAAUCCAGAUGACAUCCUAAAAACGACGAAGCAGCCAGAAGAGACAUCCUCCGGCGCAGGGGAACUAAAACGCCGAUUCAGAAGGCUUAGUCUUACCUUUGGUGGGAGAAAACCAGGCGGGAAAGACCAGAAGAACUCAGAAGAAACCACAACUCGCCAGCCCUUCUCCAGUUUCUUUGAUGGGAAGUCAUCUUUAUUUUCGAAGAAGCCUCCAAAGCCCGAGGCUGAUAGUGCAUCCCCAGCUGACAAAUCUCUUUGUCCUGAGGAAAACGAUUGGACGGUUGUUUAAACACACUUGGUUUCACAGGAAUUUGUAAAAAAAAUAUCCAGCUAGUAGGAUUGCCUCUAGCAAUUUGAGACAAUUUUUGUACUCUUCCAAAGGAAAGAUGAAAUGGAAUUUUUUU